GGGCCGUGUCCAGCACCAUUUACACCUGUGUUUUAAACCAGGCUUGUGCCUUAAUUUGCUGAGCAUCAGCACAACAAACUCUGCUCUCCAGCAUCCACUUAACACAGUAUGUAGGGACAAGUAUGGGGGUUGAGGAAAGAGCCAGAUCGCCAGGAUGAGCUUCAGCUCCCUUCCAGAGACAGUGCAGAAAUUAAAAUUAAAAUGUACAAAAUCCUUAUGUACUUUUCAGAGGCUGAGCACUGCCACUGUCUUCUAGCAUAAACUCAAAAGCCCUCAUAUCUUAGAGGCAACACCUUACUCCAGCUACUCAGAGGCAACAACUUACUCCAGAUAAUACACACUUAAUUAGUGACCAAGUGGGCAAACACAUUGAGAGAUUGCCUGAGAUGCUGGCCUCUGGCAGAUGCAGCCCCAGAUUCUUGGCUUGGUUUACCUUCCCUGACCAACACACCAGUCUCCUGGAAAACCAGCGUGAAGAUCUGCACAUCUGGGUGGGUGACACUUAGGUCCAAAUUCUUGCCAUGUGCUUGGUGCCUCAUCCCACAAGGACCUCUCUUUCUCUCCCCAGUCCCAAGCCUGAAUCCCUGGCACAGGCCUGCUGGAAGCGAGCUAGACGCCCAGGGAGCUUCCAGAAAUUCCUGGGGUACACGAUGCUCUCAGUGGCUUGCUUCCUGCAUCCCAUCCUCGUCUGGCAUGUCACCAUUCCUGGGUCCAUGCUGGUGCUCACUGCCCUGGCCUACUUCCUGCUGAGCAAGAGGAGGAAGAGCCCAGGACACAAAGAGAUGCAUCCCCAGACGGGCCAGUACGUGGACCCUUCAGCCACAAUGGCAGCCCCAACCAUCGUUGGUGACACUGAGCAGAUCUACACCUUCCACGGGGCCCAGAGGGAGCAGCACCACUCACUUCUGGGCCACAUGAAGAGCAUCCUGAAGGGCAGCAAGGACAGAAGCUCAGCCCCAGUAACUCCUGCCCAACCAGCAGCCAUGUCAGUCCCUCGCAAGCAAGUGCACUUCCAGGAGAAGGUGGUGCAGAUCAUCCCCUCUGUCAGCGAGAGCUUGGAGGACAUGGAGAGUGAGGCUGAAGAGACCACAUCAGACACAACACCCAUCCUCACACCACCAGAUGCCCCCAUCAUCGUUGCUCCACUCAGCUCCACAGGGCUCUUUUGAGCCCUCAGCAGGAAUGAGGACAUGACAGACCUGCUACCCCUGGCACUGGUAUUGCUCCCUGAUGCUCCAGUAGCCAAAGGGCCCCAAGAAGUGGCUCUUCUUGCCCUCCCUGCGUCCAGGGUGGCAGCUGUGCCACUCCCCUUUUCAAGGGGCUGCCCACCCUACAUGGUCCCACAUGUUGUGGCAGGGCCAGGGGACAGGUGGUGGUUCAGCCAGGGUAGUGCAAGGACAGAGAGGUUUCUGCUCCCGUGGCCUCUCACAUGGAUCACCCCUCUGUUACAGCACUACAAAUCACUGCAGCUGCUCCUGCCUAACAUCACAGCCAUGGCAUGUGCCUCCCCUCUGGCAGCAGCAGGCAGGAAAAGCGGAGACUGACAUGCCCCAGAGCAGCCUCUGCUGGGGCAGUUGUCUCCCUUUGGUCCUUUGUGCACAUUGGAGAGCUCAGGGCUGGGACACGUUUGGCACAGGGCACUGCAGCCUGCAGGUUCCCUCACAGCACCUGCACCAGCUGCAGCAGCCUGGGAUAUCCAAAAUGUCAUUUUGGAGGUGGACUGGGACCAAGCACACCCCUGCUCAGUACCUCCCCUGAGACACACCCUGAGCCCAGCAGGGAAAUUACCUCUGGCCUUGGGAGCACCUAUGGGGCAGCAGGGAGCACCCUGGGGCUUUCUGGUGUCCCCUGCUUGGACAGACCUCUUGAAUUAGGAGAGCUUUGGGAUGAUGUGUUAGCUCAGGUCCUGAGAUUCAGCUCCACGCUGGCACGGCAGACUGUGUGCCACUCCCAGUGUGUAAUUAUGGCCCCUAGAGGGCAAAGGCAAUAAUAAAAUUACAUCGCUGUCUCA